AUGGUUCAUUCUAGAGGGACCGUUUUCUUUCUGGGACCUCACUUUGAAGCUUUUCCAGAUUGGGUCAACGGGAGAAAAGUUAUUUCUGAGGAUGACAAGGUUCUUCAACGACUACGUAUUGAUAAACGCAUCCUUAAUCGUGCAGUAUUGGCAGUAGCACCGCAUUGUGGCCGAAACCAUCAGCGAGCUGUUGCUGUGGAUUAUGGUUACGAUGACAUCGAUGGUUAUAACUGGGGUGAAGCAGAUGUUAAUAAUUAUGUGGAGGCAUAUGACUGUCGACCUCCUCCUAUAUUCAUUCCUUUAAUAACAGUCGCUGAGAUUGCAGUUUUCAUAUACUAUGCUGUAAUUCACAGUACAGACUCCGAUCCGUCGAAUGAUGUCACUGCUUCAUCUGGUGUUCCAAUUAAGAGUGUACUUAUUUAUAAUCCAGUUAAACGUCAUGAAGCUUGGCGAUUUCUGACGUACAUGUUUAUUCACAAUGGCUAUAUUCAUCUUAUCUUCAAUUGUUUAUUACAAGUCGUACUUGGUCUUUUAUUGGAAGUAGUGCAUAAAUUUUGGCGAGUUGGUCUCGUUUAUUUAUUGGGUGUUAUUACAGGUUCUUUAGCUCAUUCUGUUAGUGAUCCGUUUGUAUUGUUGGCCGGAGCCAGUGGAGGCUGUUAUGCACUUAUUGGAGCUCACUUAGCUACUGUAAUGAUGAAUUGGAGUUUAAUGCAAGAAGGAUGGCUGGAAGAUCCUUUGAACUUUUUGUCCAGUGGUGUUGUAAGACUAAUUCUUAUCAUACUACUAGGAGGCGGCGAUACUGGAUUAGCUAUUUAUGCUCGAUUCAGAGAUCCCAGUCAGGCUACACGUGUUGGUUUUUCUGCCCAUUUCGGUGGUUUUAUAGCAGGUCUUCUUUUAGGUAUAGUUAUUCUGCGAAAUUUAAAAGUUGAAAAAUGGGAGAAAGUCUGCUUUUGGGUUUCCAUUGUCGUCUAUAUGUGUUUCGUCAUAGCAGCUAUAUUAUUCAACGUUUUCUGUGUACAAAUCAACAGGUGUCCUGCUUCUGUAUGGACUACUUAA